AAGAGAUUACCAGACCAGAAGAAGAAUAAGAUAGUAGGGAUAGUCAGGUGGAGGAGAAGGAGGGAUAGUCAGGUGGAGGAGAAGGAGGGAUAGUCAGGUGGAGGAGAAGGAGGGAUAGUCAGGUGGAGGAGGAGGAGGGAUAGUCAGGUGGAGGAGAAGGAGGGAUAGUCAGGUGGAGGAGGAGGAGAAGGAGGAGGAGGAGAGGGCUGGGAUUCCUCUCGCUCCUCUGGCUACACACGACAGGAUGGAGGAAGACGAGGACGAGAAUGGUCUGAAUGCGCUGCACCUGGCAGCUAAGGAGGGCCAUGAGGACCUGGUGGAAGAACUACUGGAGAGAGGCUCUGCGGUCGACUCUGCCACUAAGAAAGGGAACACAGCCCUCCACAUUGCCUCAUUGGCCGGACAGAAGGAAGUGGCUCGACUGCUGCUGAAGAGAGGGGCCGACAUCAACGCCCAAUCACAGAAUGGCUUCACUCCUCUCUACAUGGCAGCCCAGGAGAACCACCUGGAGGUGGUCAGAUACCUGCUGGAGAAUGGAGGCAACCAGAGCGCUGCUACUGAGGAUGGGUUCACCCCCCUGGCCAUAGCCUUGCAGCAGUGUCAUAACCAGGUGGUUUCUCUCCUCCUGGAACAUGACACCAAGGGCAAGGUGCGGCUGCCUGCCCUGCACAUCGCUGCCCGGAAGGAUGACACCAAGGCAGCUGCCCUGCUGCUACAGAAUGACCACAAUGCUGAUGUUCAGAGCAAGAUGAUGGUUAACAGAACUACAGAGAAUGGGAAGAGUGGGUUUACCCCCCUGCACAUCGCCCGCUCACUAUGGCAACGUGAAUGUCUCCACCCCUCCUGCUCAACCGAGGGGCCGCCAUCGACUUCACCGCCAGGGUAG